AGGCUUUCGCACUUUUUCGAUCUAAGAUUUUCCUUAUCAUUACCACUGAUGAUACAACAUGAUCCGCCUUUAAAUAAUAAAAGUGCAGAUGAAGAUGAUGAUUAUGAGAAUGAUGGUCUUUUUUUACCAGAAAACUUGUCAGAAGAAUUAGAUAGUAUUUCCAUAAAAAAGGAUAUAACAAAUGAAAAACAACGUAAAAUUAACUCAAGCAGAUUCAAAACAAUGGGAUUAUCCUUAACUAUACUUAAAGCCAUUAAAUAUAAAGGUUUUAAAAUUCCUACACCAAUACAAAGAAAAACAAUUCCUCUUUUAUUAAAUGGAAUGGACGUAGUUGCAAUGGCAAGAACAGGGUCAGGAAAAACUGCUGCAUUUGUAAUUCCAAUGAUUGAACGAUUAAAAAUGCAUCAAGCCAAAGUUGGUUCUAGAGCUCUAAUUCUAUCACCUAAUAGAGAGCUUGCUCUUCAAACUUUUAAAGUUGUUAAAGAACUGAAAAAAGGAACAAACUUAAAGCAUAUACUUUUAGUAGGCGGUGAAAGCCUUGAAGAACAAUUUGAAAUUAUGUCAAUAAACCCUGAUAUAAUUGUUGCUACUCCGGGUCGGUUUUUACAUUUAAAAGUAGAAAUGGAUCUUGAUCUCAGAACAAUUGAAUAUAUUGUUUUUGAUGAAGCAGAUAGAUUAUUUGAAAUGGGUUUUUCUGAACAGUUAUCUGAAAUUCUUCGCUAUCUUCCAGUAUCACGACAGUCCUCUCUUUUUUCUGCAACGCUUCCAAAAUCUUUAGUAGAAUUCGCAAAAGCUGGUCUUCAAAAUCCUGUUUUAAUCAGACUUAAUGUUGAAUCAAUGAUUUCUGAUGAUUUACAGUCAGCCUUUUUUUCAAUAAAAUCAUCAGAGAAAGAAGCGGGUUUAUUUUACCUUCUUCAUGAAGUUAUUAAGGUUCCUCGAGGAACACAGCAAGUUACUGAUUUUAAUUCAAAAAAAACAAAUGAAGAAAAAAGUUCUACACAUAAUCAUGAGGCAUUGUUACCAUACUCAACUAUUAUUUUUGUUUCUACAAGACAUCAUGUAGAAUAUUUAGCAAAAUUACUUUCAUUUUCUGGAUAUUUAGUUUCUUAUAUUUAUGGAUCUUUAGAUCAAGUCGCUCGAAGAAAUCAAAUAGCAUCUUUUAGAGCAGGUAAAACAACUCUUUUAGUAGUAACGGAUAUUGCUGCACGUGGAAUUGAUAUACCUCUUCUAUCAAAUGUGAUUAAUUAUGAUUUUCCUUCUAAGCCUAAAACAUUUGUUCAUCGUGUUGGACGAACUGCACGAGCUGGACAAAAAGGCUGGGCGUAUUCACUUGUUAAAACAGAAGAUGUUCCAUAUUUAAUCGAAUUACAGAUAUUUUUGGGAAGAAAAAUAAUAUCUUCUAAUGACCGAAACCCAGAUUAUGUUCAAAAUAUAGUUUUAGGAACAUUUAUACGAGAAAAACUUGAAUAUUAUUGUGAAUGGAUUGCACAUGUAUUAAAAGAAGAUAAUGAAUGUUCUUCACUUAAAAAAGUUAUGCAAAAAGGUGAAAUUUUAUAUUCGAAAACAGCAGGCAAUGCAAGUACAGAAAGCAAUAGACGUGCAAAAGAACUUAUAAAAAGUUCUGAAUGGUCUCAUGUUAAUCCAUUAUUGGUUGAGCAUGUCCAUGAAAAUGACAUUGCAAGAGAAGCUUUAUUAGCUAAAAUUUCUGGAUAUUCUCCUCAUGAAACCGUUCUUGACUGUUCAAAAAGUUUUAAAAAUAAUAAUGCACUAGGAAUAAUAUAUGAACGUUUAAAAAAAAUUAAAGUGUCUAAAAAUAAAGUUAAUGAAUUAAAUUCAAUCAGCUCUUUAUUUAAUAAAAAAAUAAAUUCAGAUAAAUCAAAUUAUUUUAUAAAAAAUACAAAUAACUUUGCAAUAAAUAAUCUAAAUUUUAAAUCUGAAAUACAAAAAAAUAUGAUAAAUAAAAAAAAUUAUAAAGAUGAAGAGAAUUAUAUGUCUCAUUAUACAUCCAUUUCAUCUAUGCGAGAACAUGCUUAUGAUAUUAAUAAAUCAGAUUAUUCCUUUGAAAAAGAAGCAAAUAACGCAGUCUUUGAUAUUAUGGGUGAUGAUAAAAAUCCUACUCAAACAGGAACUCGUGCAAAUGGUGUUCGAUGGAGUUUUAAAAAGAGAAAGCUUGUAAGUAGAAUGGAUGAUCAUGAUGGGUCCAAAAAAGAAUUAAAAAUGAUUAAAGGAGAAAGUGGGGUAAAAAUUCCAGCAACUUAUAAAACAGGAAGAUAUGCAAUCUGGAAAAAUUCUAAAAAAGUAACACAACAAAAAGUGGGAGAAAUAGAAAACUGUAAAAGUUACGCAAUACCUAAAAAUUCACAUACAAACAUAAGUGGAAGAAGAUAUAAACAUAAUAAACUCCAAGCUCCAAAAACUCCAGAUAAAUAUCGUGAUGAUUAUAAGAAAAAAGAAAAACGUAUCAAAAGAGCUAUAGAAAAAGGUUAUGCAAAUAUUAAUGUAAAGAGUGAAUUAAAAAGUGCUUUGGAAAUUAGAAGAAAUAGGCAGCUUAAAGAAAAAAGAAGAUUAAAGAAUGCACGACCUCCUAAAAAGAAACAUUAA